UGCAUUUUCUGCUAUGUUUUUGUAUGGGGGUGUGACGUAUUAUUUUUUGUUUUUGUAAUAUUGUAAAUUAAAGCAACAAUUGUCGUGGUAAAUACAAAGUGAAUCGUGUUCCCGGGAGGCCGUUUAUACAAAGAACUCUUAUUCAAAACAAUCGUUUGACCGGCAAAACAACAAAAUGCAGGUGGAAACAAAAACAAUAGGCGGUGACGUCACGGUUCGCCAACAUCAGAAAAAUAACAAAACCAAUGGGAUUUUCUCGACGGCAGUCAGAAGCGAAAUAAUCGGGGAACCGAACGGACCGAGAUAUACCUCCACGCCGAAAACCUCUCAUCAUCCAAAACUUCAGCAUUACGUAGGCGUACCGGAGCCCUCAGAAAAGGGGCGUGUGGGCGUGGUGACCGCCUUCGAUCCGUUGAUCAAAAAAGUGGCCCUUCUCUUUGGCAUUCUCAUUAUUGGGUACAAAAGCGUCAUUUUAACCAUGCCAUACAUUAGCGGCGACUCCAUCCAGGUGAUGAGCCACCAGGUGCAGAGUCGGUGGAACGAUACCCUGGUGUGGGCCACCAGUCACCAACUGGGCUCCAGGCUGAGCCCCCUGCUGUGUGGCCUUUUGGUGGCCGCAUUCGCGUACGGAAUUGUGUACUUGGACAGUGCAGUGCCCGGCGUAAAUCCGCCCUCGCCCUUCACGCCGCGUUCCAAGAAGCGUUUCCGCGAGGAGAAGACCGCCUCGCUGCACUUGGGAUAUUUGUGUGCUCUGUUCUGCGGAUUUCUGGUCACGGUCUUCAUGUACUUCGAUUUGUACUCGUAAAACGGAGCCCCCCAAUUCCUUCCUCUUAGUCAAAUAAGCUCAACAGUAUUAGAAUUUAAUCGGCCACUUUGGAAUUUGUAUUUAUUGUAGUCCUCGUAACUGUGCAAUGCUCCUGAAGAGAAAUGUUAAAGGGCACUUUGAAGAUAACUUAGUUCCUUGGUACAUUAAUUAUAAGUUACUUACUUACACUCUAUAAAUUAUUCAAAAUAUCAAAACUAUAAAAGUACAAAAUGAAACAUUUCCCUGUGGAUUUCAGGUUAGGCCAGAAAAGCUAAAGUUAACAUAUUUAUACCUUAUAGAGAAAAUAUUAUCGCCUGGCCUAACAAUCUCGAGAAAACUGUAUAUGCUAAUACCUUACUAAAAUAUAAAUUACUUAUGCACCUUGUUUUGCAUCAGAAUAUAA